UCAUACAAACUUGCUGAUUGGUCUGAAACGAAAUCCCUCCUUGUUACUCUCUAUAGCAACCUUAAGCAGCUAUUUACGUUAGUGAAACAAUAUCCCUCACAUUGUAUUAAAUCGUGCAUCACCUUGUUUCGUACAAAACAAACAUGCACAUUUCUAGAAAGCGAAGAUGGAGGCAGGCGCUGUGGCCAACGAUAAGCUGCUCAUAUAUCACAAGUUGAAGUGGGAGAGGAAUUUAUUCGCCAUUUAAACCUUUCCAAGGCAAACAAAGUCCUUGAUAUGGGAAUACUCACGAAAUAUAUCGCUGAUAUUGCUGGCCCUGACGGCGAGGCGCUUGGCGUUGAUCCGGAUGCUGCCAGAAUUAAAAAUCGCAGUUGAGAAUAUAAAGAAAGUAGUAAUCUACAUUUUCAUGUUGGUGAUAGUGUUGCUGGGUUUUCAUAUACGAUGAUCAACCAUAUUAUGAUGCCUAUAUCAGCACUAAUGUAAUCCAUUGGGUACCCAACGACAAGAAAAUAAUUUACAUACAAAAGCAUACAAAUGCUUAAGUCUGAAGGAAAGCUUGCUAUCUCCUGUGGCGAGAACGUGACGUUGAAUGAUGUUAAAAAAUACAUCAGUGAUUUCUAUCAGUUAAACGAAGAGAUAUAUCGUGAUUUGUUUCGAGCGGUCGAUCUUUUCAACACUAUCGUAUUAAACAAAAUUUCCUCGCAAUUUCCGUUCCAGUCAUUUGAAGAGUUCAAGCAUUAGCGCAGGGCUUCAAACCAUCAGAACCUGGAGGAUUUAGAUCCAUCAUAUUCUAAAAAAUGUGUUACCACAGGCCCCAGUCCUUGGCUUGGGCGGUUCGAAAGUUAUCCCCAGGCAAGGGCGCCGCACCAAGUCCGCCGCCUGUUUUUACUGCUGAGAAAACGAAGAACACCGUGAGAAGCUUGGAGUUUGCAGCUGACGGAGAAACGGAUAACAAUAUCAUAUCUUGGGCAGACCGAGUCAAGGGUAAAACAGCGGCUCCCACUGACACUAUGACGAAUGUACAGGCAGACACGCCUGAACGGGCGAAUAAAGUGCAAUGCGUUGUGGAACGAAAUGGCUUUGUUGCGAUACGUGAAGACAACUUAAAGCCCGAGGAAGUGGAAGAGGGUUGGGAGACUGUUUGCUACAAUAAGAAAAACAGAACGCCCGAGAAAUGUGGUGGAGAAAGUAGCGAAGCACGUGAGAUUUCCCAUGAUCGCGUCGCGGUGCCAAAAGUCAAGCGACUUGUUACGGCGAACGGCGAUGUUCAGCUUGUGUCGAAGCGAACAAAUCCGGAGAAAGACAAUGGCUUAAUCGGCGAAAUUGGAGUUUCGGUUGUCGACCAAGGUUCAGGAGUUGUUGAAUGUGGCAAGCCUGUUGAGAAAGAAAGUGAUGUUUCAACACACGAGCAACAAGCGUUGGAUGGGAAUAAAGAGACAAUCGAUGCUGGGAAAAGCUCGCCAAUUAUUCGACGAGAAUCUAUCGAGGAUGAGAAGUUUGUUGAUUUGAAUGAAAAUAGGUCUAUGGAAGACUCAUCUGUCGAUGUAGAAAAAAGCGAUAAAUUUGAAACCUUAAAAGGAUUCCUGAGCCCGCUCAACGUCGACUCCGAUGUCGACACCGACAACGAGGAUGGUUUAACUGCGUCGGAUGUCGAACAUCAAAAGGCGCUGUCGGCCGCCAUCGAACAAGAGGCAGAUCUUUCGAAAGAAUACGAGAAAGAAAGAGAAAUAUUCCUGGCUUCCGCCAUCGAACACAAGGAGAAGCUCGCGAAGGAGAUAGCGGAUCAGGAAGCCUUCGUAAAUGCAAUGAAAGAAGAGGCGGAGGACGAUGAGGAAAUGGCUGAACUGGCAGACGUAAAUGAUGAAAGCAAAGGCGAGAAAUGUGAUGAAGAAAAGAAUCCUCAAGAAUCUUCUACAAAGGAGUUGACCUGGGAAGAGAUGAUUGCCGAAUAUGACGAAAAAAACAAGCGAGAAGGGUCCCCCAGUUGGGGAGAUAUUGUCGAGAUGUCAGAGAGUAGACCGCCUGGACGAGCAGUUCAAAUGCACAAAAAGUUAUCAUCUCCAUCACGAAAAAGAGAUCUUACCGACGGCGUUAAAAAACAAGCCGAGAAACAGGCAAAAGCUCAACAGCUUAGAGAACAACUUCUUGAUGACAAACUUCAACAUUUACAGACACUUUCUGAGAAGGUUGAGAAAGCCCGCGAACUAAAGAUGAUCCUGAUUGUUGAACAAGAACUUCAUUUGAAAGAAAAACAGCGUCGCGCUGAGGAAAAACGUAAAAUCAAGUUGAAUGAGAAAGUUCGAAAGGCCCAGGAGGAAGAGGCGAAGGUGAAUGAAAUUGCAUUUAUUAACACAUUGGAGGCGCAGAAUAAGAAAAUGGAAGUCAUGUCAAGGCACCAGGACCACGAAGCCCGGUUACAAGAUCUUCAAGAGGAGAGGCAAAGAAAACGAGACGAACAACAAGCGAAAGAAACAGCCGCUUAUGAACGACGAAAGCAACUCGAAGCAGAGAGGCAAGCAAGACUUGAAGAAAUGAAACAGAAGAGGCAAGAUCAGGAAGCAAAAUUUCUCCGUGAAAAACAGGAGAAAGAAAAGGCGAGGGAAGAAGCAGCGAAAGAGAAAGCAAGGGAACGUGAGCAACGUCUUGCAGCGAGAAACGAAGCACUGCAAACCGCUGCUGAGCAACUUCAGCUGAAGAUUAAACAAAAGCAACAAGACUCCACGAAACGUCAUGAACAAAUCUUAGAACUUGUCAAAGAGAAAGCCGCAGGAGCAUCACGACAUUCCACUCAAGAUGAGCUGCCUACCGUCACGCCAUAUGAAAGAAAGAAAAUUUGCACAUUGUGCAAUGUUCAGAUUGUGUCGGAAGUGUAUUUGGUGAGUCAUCUACGUGGCAAGAAGCAUCAACUGGCACUGGAAGAAACCCAGAAAGGAAAGAAAACCGAAGACAACGAGACGAUAUCACUGCAGUAUAUCAAGGAUAUUGGACUAGACAGGAUUGACGACAAUGCUAAAGCCAGUGAAGAAAGAAAGUCCGCGUUUAAAAAACGAGCGAAGAAAAUUCGAACAAGAAUGGCUGCGCGGGGAAGAGAGUACGAAGCAACUCUUAGUAGUGUCUCGAAACCACAAGAAUCAAGCAAGAAAUCAAAGCUUCAAAAAGUAAUCAAGGAUCUAGACAGAUAUUUAAAGACGCAAAGCACUGGUCCAUGGGCUGCCAAUAGAGUUGCAGCAUUGGAACGUUCACUUGGAGAGCUUUCUCGAAUGUUAGAAGGGAAGGUUACCGCUGACCAAGUUACUUUCUGUUAUCUUGGUGGAUUGUCUACGCUAUCUCGGAUAUUACUCCUCAUUGAAGCGACCUCGGAUACACAGAAAUCAUUCUUACCUGCCAAAACGUUAUGCAACGUUAUUUCUGUGAUGACGCUGGCCUGUGCUGGUUGUUCAGAAAACUGCUGGUAUCUUUUGCUAAGCAACAAAUUGUCGACUGUGGUAGAUCUGUUAGCCCACCAACUCUCGGCUUUAUGUACUUCCAUUGCUGAGAAGAAAAACGGCGAAAAGGACACAAAUCGUUCCUCAGAUUCAUUCUUGGUCAAUCUGCAACGUUUAUUAUCAACGGUCGUUUACAAUUUGGUAAAACAGGAAAACAAAGACAUAACAUGUUCCCCUGCUGGCCUUGAUCAAAAUGUGGCUUCUCAACGAGUUUCUGACCUGGUCAGUUACAUUGUCUGCAGUGGUAUCGUUGACAAUCUAGAGACAUGCUUUAAUUGUAUUGGUGGACCUAAUGAUAACGAUCAAGUUACAGCGUGUUUUGUCACAGAAUCUUUGGAGACGUUAUGUUCUAUUGCCAGAUAUUAUUCCUUCAGGUUAAACGAUGUUUUCAAUGACAAACGAGAUGACGCCAGUCAGUUCAUGAUCACAGUCAAACACACUGGUUUAGUGGGCGUCAUCAGUUUGCUGUAUGCUGUGUUGCUCAGAGACGGCUUGAAAGUUCCUUCGAAGAUUCCUGAGCAGUUGAGCGAUGAAAUGGACACCAUGGCAACAAGGGGGUUGCGUUUUUUGAAUUUCUUAGCGACGGCAGAUCUCGCACUUGUGCAGAGCUCUCUCGCUUGUGAAGGCGUUUCAUUACAGUUCAGACACAUCGUUGGUCAUACGUUAAGGAUAUGCUCGACUGAAAAUAAUUAUGAAUUAUUACACGAAGUGAUUCUUAUCAUUGGAUAUUUCACCGUUCUUAAUCCAGAUAAUCAGGUCUUUGUUCAGUCAGGAAGACCACCAACGCUACUUCAAAAGUUGUGCUCCCUUCCUUUCCAAUAUUUUAGCAAUCCAAGAUUGCGAAAUAUAUUGUUUCCUACGCUGAUUUGCUCGUGUUAUCAAAACGAACAGAAUAAAGAUAUUUUAGAACAAGAAGUCAGCUGUGCGUUGUUGAAUAAUUACCUGGAAGAUCAAAGUUUAGAUUUUCAACAAGAGAAGUUGAGUAAUAAUUCACAACCAUCUCUUGACGAGAUGUCGAGAAGAAUAUUAUUGUCCCGUCGUUUCCCCGUCAAACACUGGAAGGAAGCUCAGGAAUUUUUACAAAGUCCCAACAAGAAAUAACAGAUGCAUGCUGAGAUAUGAUAUUUUAUAAUAAGAUAUUUGUAUAUUUAACAUAAUUGAUAUUUAUAUA